UCCAGCAGUCACGCUGCUGUGUGUUCUUCCAGCGUUUCUGCCGAGAUGGAGAGCUGGGAAUGCGUAGCAAGGAGAGAUGAAGUCAGGAGUGGUUGGAAGUGUGAGCGCUUCCUGACUUCGGGAAGGGAGAACUGAUAAAUCCUGGAAUAAGCUUGAAAGGGAAAAGUUGGGUCCAGUGGGAGCUUAACAAGUGGAAGCAGCAGGAUGAUUUCUCUCCGGAGUUUCUUUUUGAAUGCAAGUGUGCUCCUUCCCAGUAGAAGAUGGUGAUCCUAAUGUAUGAUCAUGGAGAAGGGGAUAAGUUCAGUAGAAGUAUUACCUUCCAAAUCAUCUCAGGUUACAGCUGUAAAAGUGGUGGUCAAAGAGCCCGAAGCAAAGCAAACCCAAAGAGGGAAACGAGUGGGAUUUGUGCUUGUCCAUGCAGGUGCAGGUUAUCAUUCUGAAUCCAAAGCUAAAGAGUACAAGCAUGUGUGCAAAAGAGCUUGCCAGAAGGCAAUUGAAAAGCUACAGGCUGGUGCUCUUGCAACAGAUGCAGUGACUGCAGCACUUAUAGAAUUAGAGGAUUCCCCUUUUACAAAUGCAGGAUUGGGAUCUAACCUAAACCUUCUGGGUGAGAUAGAGUGCGAUGCCAGUAUAAUGGAUGGAAAGUCAUUGAAUUUUGGAGCAGUUGGAGCACUGAGUGGAAUCAAGAAUCCAGUUUCGGUUGCAAAUAGAUUGUUGUGUGAAGGGCAGAAGGGGAAACUCUCUGCUGGCAGAAUUCCACCUUGCUUUUUAGUUGGUGAAGGAGCUUACAGAUGGGCAGUUGAUCACGGGAUACCAGCAUGUCCUCCAGGUAUCAUGGCUACAAGGUUUAGUUUAGCAGCUUUUAAGAGGAACAAGAGGAAGCUGGAGCUGGCCGAAAAGGUGGAAACAGAUCUCAUUCAACUAAAGAAAAGAAGACAAUCAAAUGAAAAGGAGAACGACUCAGGAACAUUGGAUACAGUUGGUGCAGUUGUUGUUGAUCAAGAAGGAAAUGUCGCUGCUGCUGUCUCCAGUGGAGGUUUAGCACUGAAGCAUCCUGGAAGAGUUGGUCAGGCAGCUCUUUAUGGUUGUGGCUGCUGGGCUGAAAAUACAGGAGCUCAUAACCCUUAUUCCACUGCUGUGAGUACUUCAGGCUGUGGAGAGCACCUUGUCCGGACCAUACUGGCCAGAGAAUGUUCAUGUGCUUUGCAAACAGAGGAUGCCCACCAAGCUCUCCUAGAGACUAUGCAAAACAAGUUUAUUGGUUCACCUUUUCUAGCCAAUGAAGAUGGUGUACUCGGAGGUGUGAUAGUUCUCCGCUCUUGCAGGUGUUCAGCAGAGUCUGAAUCCUCACAGGAAAAACCAACUUUACUAGUGGAAUUUCUGUGGAGCCAUACAACAGAGAGCAUGUGUGUUGGAUACAUGUCUGCACAGGAUGGCAAAGCUAAGGAUGCUUCAAAGGAAAAGAAAUUCUUCAGUCUCAAAUGGGAGUGCAGCAUAUGCCUGCAAUACUCACAUUUCAAGACUUCCACCUGGAGCUGUGGCAGGACAGUCCGUGGCAAUAGAAGGAGGAGUUUGCAGGCUGGAGAGUCCAGAAAGCAGCUGAUUCUUCACUUCAUUGCAAAGAAUGUGAAUGACUUUUUGUACAAUAAGGGUUUUUUUUUGUGUUUUAACAGAUGUUGGAAAUUCUGCUUUUGUUUUAUACUCCGUAUUGCAACCAUGUGCACCAUGACUUGAGACAAGUGCUGCUGUAGUUUAUGUUCUCACUCUGUGAAUGGGGGUUGUGUGCAUGUUCAUUUUGUCUCACAAAUAAAAUAGGAACUCACCCCAGCUGUGCGAAGAUCACGUACGAUUAAUGAUUGAGUUUUCGUUUUUUUGUGUUGAAAAAGAACCAAAAGUUAAGAAAAAAAUUAUUUAAAGAUAUGCUCACAAUUGUCAUUCAUAUUCUAUCUAAAUUUAAAUGUGACAGGCCUUUGAAGUGGCUUUACAAUUAUGCAAAAAAUGAUUAUGGUUUUUAAGUUUCUCAGUGGUUUAAGGAAAUCCAGAGGUGAUUUAAACAUGAAUUGUUUUUUUCCUCUCCAAUAAGGAGGAUUAUUUUUUUUUUUUUUUGGUUCAAAGAAUGGUUUCAGUGAAACAAACUAGAGCAAAAUUAAGGCUCAAAUUGUUUUUAAAUAGUCUUAUAGGUCAUAUCUGUGUUCCCAAACCAAGAUGUUAAUAGCUCCAAGCUGUAUGUAUUGCAAAAAGCUAUAUGAAGAUAACGUAUCGUUACGCAGUCUUUAUGUAUAAUGGAAUAUUACAGUGUAAAUAAGAAAACAAAGUUUAUGGAAAGAUUCGAUAUUAUUCUUCACUUCUGCUUUAAAUCUAUUUUUAAGAGAGGUACAGAAAUGAGCAUAUUACUGGAUGCAAAGUGCAAUGUGUAUUAGGUGGCUGGUGGGAGGUCUGAGACUGAGCUUUCGUGUUGGUAAAGCAACUUCCUCGAGUCCAGCCGCAGCAUGGGUAUUUAUAUAACUGUGUGUAAUGUAUGUACUGUGCAUAAAUUUACUGUAACUCUUUUGAUACCUUCCACAAACCUGCAGUGUAAAACAAUGUAAUCCUUGUCUGCCUUGUGAAGAAGCAUUGGCAGCUGAACUGUCAUUUGUCACCAGUUUGGCUAUGUGAGCCUAAGGUUGCCCAAGUCUUAAAGUUCUGACGUACAACCUUCCACUCAGUCCUUUUUCCUUCACAGCACUGGCAGCAAUAGAAGACUUUUGUAAUUGAUUCAUUGUCCUGAUAAGUAUGCCAAAGAGAAACUAAAAUAGUUCAUCUUUUUCCCUGGUGGAUAUUUGAUAAUUCUGUUUUCAGAAAUAGUGGAUGAAUAGCUAUUCAGACUGUAUUCGCUUAAUCAGGCAUUGUACUUGCCUGUUUUGUAAUGUUGUGCCUGCCUAUAACAGACAUACUUGACUGAUGAAAUUGUUAUAUUGAUUGUAGUAUCAAUCUUUCAUGGAAAAAAAUAAAUUUUUUUUAACAGCCUGA